CACUGUCGGAAAGGGCCACUAUUCCCUGUUGGGAUCCACACUGACAUAAGUCAGAGAGUUGCUUCAUAGAAGACGAAAGGUCUUCUUGGGGAUCUUUUCUUUCUUAGUAUCACAAGGGUCCGCGAACGAAAAAUGAUAAAGUAAAGAGUCCACAGCAUUUUAGUUCAGAAACGUUUGAAGAAACUUUUCUUUAUCUGGAGCCAUAGCCUACUCUGGACUGAAGCGCACCGCGAUAUAGACUCUAUCUUAUUCCCGCGGCUUAGGAUAUUUCUUUCUUAACUAUUUUAUCAUUGUCAUAGGCUAAGUGAACUAGACGAGGAAGACUUGUGUCGGAAGAUAAGAGUGUGAAGAAUCCUUCGAGUGAGAACGUCAUGCUGGGUAACGAUGGGACCUACGCUGGCAAAAAGCGGAAGAAGCCUGUGCAAAAAAUCAAACCUCGUCCCGAAAAUGCUAAGACCAACCCCUCUAAGCGCCACCGGGAUAGGCUAAAUGGAGAGCUGGACAACCUGACCAGUCUGCUGCCCUUUCCAGAUGAGGUGCGCUCUCGUCUGGACAAGCUGUCAGUGCUGCGUCUCAGUGUGGCCUACAUCAAGGUCAAGAACUUCUUCAAUGCAACCAUGAAGAAUAACCCAGCGCUCCCCGUCAAGAAUGGCCUCGGCACGAACGGAGUGGACACGACGAACUUCUCUGAGGCAGACCUCAUGCUUCAGGCUCUCAAUGGCAUAGUGCUGGUUGUGACGUCAGAGGGGUAUGUGUUCUAUGCCUCCCCCACCAUUCAGGACUACCUGGGGUUCCACCAGUCUGAUGUGCUUCACCAGAGCGUGUUUGAACUCAUCCACACUGAAGACAGGGCUAUGUUCCGUCGCCAGCUUCACUUUGCCCUCAAUCCACAGCCUUUCAGCCAGGACCAAGGAGGAGACGACAUGCAAAACAGCAGUGACAUCACCCGGAACAUCAUGACCUAUGACCCGCAGGACAUACCACCUGAGAACUCGUCCUUCCUGGAAAGAACAUUUGUGUGUCGUAUGCGAUGCCUUUUGGAUAACUCCUCUGGCUUCUUGGCUUUCAAUUUCCAGGGCAGGCUGAAGUUCCUCCAUGGUCAGGGUGCAGGCUUUGGGAACGGAACUAGUGCCCGGCCCCAGCUGGCCCUCUUUGCUGUGGCAAGGCCUGUGCAGUCCCCGUCCAUUCUGGAGGUCCGCUCCAAGAUGGUCAUCUUCCAGACCAAACACAAGCUGGACUUCACCCCGAUGGGGAUAGACUCCAGGGGAAAGGUUGUUCUUGGUUAUACAGAGAUGGAGAUUUGCAUGAGAGGCUCUGGAUACCAAUUCAUCCAUGCUGCUGAUAUGAUGCACUGUGCAGACAAUCACGUCAGAAUGAUGAAAACGGGAGAAAGUGGCAAUACAGUUUUCCGACUGCUAUCCAAAAAAACUGGCUGGGUGUGGGUACAAGCCAAUGCCAAGCUUAUAUACAAAGAUGGGCGCCCUGACUUUAUCAUUGCUCGGCAGAGAGUCCUGUUAAAUGAGGAAGGUGAGGAGCAUGUGCGUCAGCGCAAAUUCCAGCUCCCCUUCAGCUUCACCUCGGGGGAGGCACUCCUCUACGAGAGCCGGCCUUCCCUCGACAUCGCAGAGAUCUGUGACACGGGCAAGGCAGCCAAGAUCAGGAAGGUCUUUGAAGAUAACGAGGUGCCUCCAGACUCCCUCCUUGGGUGCUUCUACAAACAAAACCACACUGCCUACAUGCAGUCAGACAUUGAGUCUCAGUUCUCCAUGGAGAAGGUCUACAUGGAGACCAGGGCUCUGGUGAACGUGCCCAGCAACUCAUGGCAAGGCGAGGCACCUGACACUAAGGACGCCACAUUGGCAGCCAUGUUGGAAACCUUUGACCAGGUGGCUGGUGACAGCGACCUGGGAAGUGCAUUGCAAGAGAUGGACAUCGGCAAUUCUGAGCUGAAGGACUGGGAGAAUGCCCUGCUGCGGCUAGCAAAGACCAAAAAUGACGUUGACAGUUCCAUGAGCCUUGACGACAUUCUCACCGAGGACAUCCUAUCUUACUUGGAAGAGACCCUAUUGAAGGAAAGCCCUGAGCGCCAUCUGGCUCAUCCUCAGAACUGUGCCGCACCAGAGAACGGUGUAGAGAUAUCAAAGUUUCACAUGGGACAGAGAACCAACUUUAGUAGCAGCUGUGUAAAUGGUGCCAGUACCCUGCCAACAGAUCUGAGAUCAGCUCAGCAAGGACUUGGAGCCCUAGACAGUGCCAUCACAGACAUACAGAUCGAGUUGCCUAAAAACGAUGCCAUUCCUUCUCUCCAGGACCUACAGUUGUAUGACAUAUUCCAAAAGCUUCAGGGUUCUAAUGGUUUACAACAAAAUGGAUCAGCCACUUUCAGCCUGUGGGAGAACACCCUCCAGGUAGGAAUAAGUAAUGGAGUAAGUUUGGUUUCCUCAGCAUCCACAGGCAGUUUCGUCAAGCCUAACGGGUGCAGUUUGAGCCCCCAGAAUCAUCAUGCUUUGUCAAACUGCAAAACAAAUCACAUUAGUUCAGUUCAGAAUUUUCCACAAUGUCAUCCACAUGUUGGAAUGCCCAUUGAUCCGUCUGGUCGUGUCCCUGUUGACAGGAAGAGGAAUGUUGCAAUGGAUCAAAGGAAUCCUGCUGUUCUCUCAGCCCCUGGGACUAACUUUACCACCCAACAAAUGAACAACAGAAACAGUUUUGGACCAAAUGCCCAUCCCAUUGGCUGCAUCCCAAACAAUGUCAGUACGCCAUUUCAGAACUCAACUUGCCAGUCGCCGCAGAGCGCACCGCAACACUCCAGACUGAACGGCCUUUCAGCGGAGAGUCAAAGCCAUGGGCAGUGGGCUCCAAACUCUCAGAACUCUCCGACCGAGAGCUUUUUAAACUUUGUCAAGGAGAAGUACCACUUGGAGCCCACGCUGGGACUCGCCAACAGGGAGCACUCAAGUCCCAGCAGCUGCAUGUUUGAGGCGUCCUCUCCGCCCAGUGCGAGCCUGAGUCAGCUGCCGCACGGCCAGGCUACUGCCAUCUCAUCACCCUGGAAGACGGUGAAUCACGACCACCAGAGCCCGCCACAGGGAUCGUGCUACAUCCAGUGGAGCCCCAGUAAGCCAGUCGUCGGCACAGCGUCCAUACCCCAGGACCACGCCUGCAUAAGCCCCCCAGCCUGCCAAGUGACGUCGGGGGUAUCCACCUCUGAUAUGAUCCUUCAGUACCUUAACUGCAACGAACAGACACAGAUCCAGUGCAACGAGUCCUCUCCCUUGCCUCCUCUGGCGUGUGUUUCUGAGACCAAACCCCCACACUGCUACAACUUCUAAAGGUGCCCUGGUUAAUCCGCUGAAAACUUUGGAGGAGGGGAAAAUCAAAUGUGGACAGAUGUGUGAAUUCUACAAAACACUUUGGGCAAAUUUACUUCAAAGCUCAUAUCACUGCAAUGAAGAGAAAGAAAGGAUAACCUGAGUCACAACAGAGCAAUAUUUAUUUUUUAUUGUCUUGUUUCAUGGAGAUUGCCCCCACACUGAUUGUUUGUUUUUUUUGUUUGUUUUUUUUUAUCUUUGAAUUGAAUAGGAAAUACACAUACUGUAUAUGUUGUAAAACAAGGUAAUGAAGAACUGAUUAUGUUGCAUUCAGGUAAAUGCAGAUAAAGUCAUUCAUUGCUGAGCCUCCACUGAGGCACACAGAAUUGUGAAUCAAGCCAUGUUUUACUCUGCAGUUAGCAUACAGUAAGGUAUGUUCAUGUGCCUCAGAAAUAUUUCUUUUGGUGUGUGUGUGUGUGUGUGUGUGUGAGUGAGUGAGUGAGUGAGUGAGUGAGUACAGACAUGUACAGAUGGCAGCCAUAAUACACUAGUUAUAAAUUGUGUAUAACACAAAGCAUGUUCAGGGCUUUGAUAGUUUUUGCCAAAGAAUAUGUUCAGCCUUUAAAAAAUGUCCCAUCUUCUUGUGUUAUCUAUAUAUAUAUACCAUGUUAAAGACUACAUAUUGUAUUGAAUUGUACAUGUUUAACAUCACUAGGUAUUUCAUGUAAAAUAUUUUCACGUGCCUUUGUUUUAUAUGCUGCUGAGCUGCUCUAUAUGUGCCUAGAUCUUUUAUUCCCAAUUUUCAUAAUAAAAUGUUUGGAUAUUUGGAUAGUAUUCACCUCAAACGUUUUGAUAUUACUCAAUUUCUCAAUAAACAAUAAACAAGGAGAUAAAUGCUGAA